UUAACCAGAGCGUCGUCUGGCUCCUGCUCAUAGCUCAAUGCAGUGAGCUGCCUGCAAAGGCUCCGUGCAUGUCUUGAGACAACUAUGUCUCGCCCGCUGUUUUUAUUUUAAAGUUUUUUUCAAGGAAUCGAGUAGUUAUCGUUCAUGCGCUUGUCCUACCUAUCAACCACAUUUGUGGAUAGAUAUAAGGAUCUGUGGAUUACCUUGUUCUCGCGGUUUGCGCUAUGGACAUAUUGUAACCUUGUUGUCUAAAUGACCACUUCAUCGAUGAAGGAUCGCUCAAGGAACUUAUAAUUAAGCAAGACAAAAGGGAAGCAAAAUGGGAAAACUUCAGUCAAAACACGCCUGUAAACGCAGAGAAAACCCCGAAGGAGGCAGUUUCGUUGUGAACGCGUACAUCUCUCGGAGAGGGGUGGAAGAGAGCGAGAGGUACGGCGCAGCUGAUCACAAAUUUAAAGAGAGACAGGAGUUGGCAAGUAGUGAGCUGAAAGAUGGACAAUUCCCAGAGCAUCACUGUCCCCUAGAGGUCAUUUUACCUCCAGAGAAGGCAGAGGGAUGUGAGAGCUACAUACAGUUCCUCCACCAGGAGGAGGGGGAACGUGAGCCCCAGAAGGAGCCUGGCAGAGCCCCUGGGAAGAAGCGCAUCAGCCUGGAUGAUCUGGAAUGUGACGUGUCGGUAGAGGAGGACAAUCGUCAGGAGUGGAUCUUCACCCUGUACGACUUUGACAAUAGUGGGAAAGUUACUAAGGAGGACAUGUCCAGUCUGAUGCACACCAUCUACGACGUGGUGGACGCCUCUGUCAACCAGUCCUCCCACAGCAAGAGUAAGACCCUGCGGGUGAAGCUCACUGUCACCCCCGAGCCCGGGACUCGACGGAGAGAUGCCACCAGUCCUGGAGCAGAUUGGGAGGCGGGUCACUGCCGGGGUGAACCCAGCCACCAGGCGGAAGGGUGCUACGCUGACAGACGGCUGUCAGCCCACAUCAGAAGACAUAACAAUGACCCUGUGCCAAGUGGAGAGGGGAACCAUUACUGUGUGGAUGAGAACACAGAGAGAAGGAAUCACUACCUGGACCUGGCUGGGAUAGAGAACUAUACCUCUAGAUUUGAAGCAGGUCCGCCCCCUCCGCCUCCCCCUCAGGAGAGCCAUGGGCGUGGCUCGCACUCACAGAACCGGUCCCGGUCCCAAGACUCUGAGGGGCACCUGGCCCACCAGCGCCGUUCGCAGGUCCUGGGGGAGAAUUGCACCGCUUCAGAGUCCCGUGGGAGGGGCCCCCAGUUCCUCAGGUCCCCCAAGGUUAUGUCAUCAAAGGGGGCGGGAGCAACCCCAUCAGGAGGCAAUGGAGGGGGCAAGUCCAGCAAGUGCCAUGGGUACUACCACCCAGCACAGCUUGGCGGGCAGGAUGUGUACCACCUGCCCCCACACAGUCAGCACCAGCCCGCUUCAGCUCACCACCAGCACCCCCUGCAGCACAGCCACAGCAAGCGUCUCCGUGCCAAGGCCCGGGACGCCCUCUCCCCCUCCAAAGCCCCCUUCCCCCAGCACCCUCCUCAGCAGCAGCCUGCCCCCCAGGGGCCUGAGAGAGAGCAGCCCCACGUCCUGCCGGGCAGCCCUGGGUUUGUGGUUCCCGUCGUGCAGCGCCACGAGCACCACCAUCACCACGAACACCACCAUCAUCACCACUACCACCACUACCACCAGACAUGACUGCAGGCCACCAAGGCAGACAAUCAUACAGGCCUGAGGCACACCACAGUCAUCCCUCCGAAAUGAUACUCCAGAUCCCAGGGUUCCCUCCCUCCGCCUCCAAAGGCCAUCCUCCGGACACUUUCCUUGUCUGCUGACACAGCCAUUUUAACUUAAAACAGGACUUCCGGAAACUUAAUCACAAAUCUGAUGUUUCCUUCUAGGCUGUCGCCCCUCCUGCUGUGCUGUCGCUCUCGUUCAUAGCCCCUCUGCAGUCCUGGUGUUCGAGUGGGCCUCACUGACUGCACAGUUUUACAUUACUUCACACCUUUUUCUCUUAUCAUCUGCUGUGACACUUCUCCCUAGAAAGAGUGUAUGUGUAGUAGGUGUCCCAAUAGGGCUGGUUAGCUCUGUGCUAAUGAUGGUUCUCGUGCGUUCUCAGGUGUAAGGUGCUGCUCUUUAGCUAUACUGAAAAGGCUACUUCCCCUCCAGGAAACCUGCAAUGGACAAGGGGCAAUUUCCCUUCAUGGGUUAAAAAAGAAGUUAAUCACCACUGCCAGUUUUAAUGCAAAAAUGCCUUUCUAUAUGUAUAAAAAUCUAUAUGAAUAUACAUAUAUUACUGUAUAAUUAUACUGUGUAUGCAUAUUUAUCGUUGUGUAUGCAUAUACAUUUAUGUAUAUGUUACUGUCUUUUAUAUAUUUUAAUAAACACAUAUUGUUAAUUAAAGUUCUUUAAUAUAUUUAUAUCCUCCAUUUAUAUCCCGUACUUCACUGAGGUACUCCACUGUUCCACAGUAGUUAUGUCAGGUACUCUUUUAAUCCCCAACAGUGUAGAAUCCAUGGACUUUCUUUAUGCCCUAGUUAAGACACUUUCAGAUUCACCAUUAAAAUGUAAAAUCCUCCCAUAUCUUCCAUAACAAAUUCCAGUUAUCUUCCAUAACAAUUUAAACUACUUGUCUAAAGUAAUUUAUAGGCCUAAAUGAAUGUAUAGAGGGACACUACCAAAGACAGAUAAUCAGUAAUUGAAUAGCACAACAGUGCGAACAGCACUGGAACCCAUUAAGACCCAGAACUUCCUACUAGAUACAGCUGGAAAUUGUAGUCCAACAGUGCAGACUCUUGGACAGAUAUUCUUGGAUAUCUAAAGUUCUUGGGUGUACUGUAUAUUCUCGGAAUUUCUUGACAACCAUUGAUGUAUUGCUGCCAUCUUGUGGCCGUAUGGGAAGCAAAAUAACAGAAAAUACACUGUAUUGUAUUCAAUAAAUUACCCGUGCCGGAAAUAC